UCAGUGAAACGUCACAUCUUUUUUGAGGUUAUGUUAUGCUGUCAUCUUGAUUUUUUAUGCUAACACUGCAGACUUAUUUUAUAGAAUUGUAGACUUAUUAGUGUGAUAAACUUGAAUAAAAAUAAUAAAAUGUCUCCUUCAAAAGGCCCUGGUAAAGAUUUAGAUGACAAAUUUAUCGAUUUAAUAGGAAAAUUUGUGUCUGACAUAAAGAAUGGCAAGUUAAAAGGAUCUAAUAACAUUGCACUAGCAAUGGUCACACUCUUGGAAACCAUAAUCAGUGACUCACAGAACGCUACUGCCUUUGAGCUAUGCAACGCGGUCCGCGCGGCGGGGCGUCGCGUGGCGGCCGCGCUCCCUCACGAGCUGGUGGCAGGCAACGUCACGCGCAGGAUACUGCGGGCUGUCAGGGAUGAGAACAGGGCACAUGCUAAUCAGACGGUAGAAGCCAGCGGCGAGAGUCUCCAGCGCCUGGUGCUGGCUGCUGGAGCGAGGAGGGCGACCCUCGGGGCUGCUCAGCAUGACCUCAGGGAACCCUUGAGGGACCAUAUUGCUGAGCUGCGCGGCGAGCUGGAGUCCUCAGUAUCCUCAGUGUGCGGCCAGGCCAAGGAGCACGUCCACGGAGACGAGGUCAUCCUGACGUACGGAGCCAGCGACCUCGCCGAGAGGUUCCUGAGGGCGGCGCCCAGGAACUACAAGCUUAUACUGGCGGAGGGACCUGAUACCACUGAGAGUCACGCUAUGGCUCACCGGUUGAGCUUGGCUGGUAUAUCAGUGACUGUCGUCAGUUCGGCUUCCAUAUAUGCUGUCAUGUCGCGUGUCAACAAGGUGGUGAUCAGCGUGGUGGCGGCCCUGGGGGGGGGCGCGGUCCUGGCGCGAGCGGGACUCAGCGCCGUCACGCAGGCCGCCAAGCACUACAGCGUGCCCGUGCUAGCUCUGGCCCCGUUGUACAAGCUGUCCCCAGUCCACGCGACGGACGCGAGCUACUUCAAUGCUCUCGCUCCCCCACACACAGCACUGCCUUACGAGUGAUGUGCGAGUGACAAUGUCCAUGUCUACGCUCCGAUGUACGACUUCGCUCCCCCAGACCACAUCACACUGUUCAUUACGAACCUCGGUGGAAGCUCCCCAUCUUACAUGUACCGUAUGCUCUCCGAGUUAUAUGACCCCAAUGACUACAACCUCGGGGCGUGUGGCUCCGCUGUGUCAGGGCGGAUCGAUACGGGAAGGCAUUAUGGCGCAGCGAACAUGAGCCAGGGGGGCUCUCGUCGGCCUUACUCGCGCGGGGGCCCGCGGUGGCACCCGCGUUACAAGGACUACUGGGACUACGAACAAAACUAUAGUGACGGCAGCAGCGCUGGCAGUCCGAAGGAGGCGUGCGUGGCGGCGUCCCCGCCACCAGCGCCGGCGCCCGUCAAACGAGACGUGCGCCACCACCACCAGCACGUGCCGCUUAGUAUAGGUGGUGGCGCAGGCGGUUCGAGACGCGCCGAGCGACGGGCCGCCGGCCCUUCAGAAAGAAGACGCACUGAGGUACGCGUAAGUCCAGGAGGCGCGGGGACCUCUGCUGACCCCCCGCAUAUGAUGCACCAUCAUCAUAACAUGGAUACGAAUCCCCUAGAAGGCUCAGUCGAGUCCAUGGUCAGCGGCGCCGGGUCCUCGGACGGGGAGCUGUCCUCCAAGGCCGGGGACAGUCCCAGCAGGAAGCGGAGACGGAUCUCCAGACACCUGUCCUCAGGGGAGAGCAAUGUCUCCGUAUCGGCGCCGGCUGUUGAGCGGCGAACACCCAGACACCAUUACCAACCACCCCGGCGGAUGCGCUACCUGGGCGGCGGCGCGGGCGGCUGGGCGGAGCGCCUGCUGGAGCCGCACGCGCACGCGCCGCAUCCGCCGCACCCCGCGCAUCCGGCACAUCCGCCGCAUCCGGCGCAUCCGGCGCACCCCGCGCAUCCGGCGCAUCACACGCACCACGCGCAUCCACAUCACACGCCGCUCUUACUCGAUAUCAACCAGAUGUCAGUCCGCGGUCGCGGGCUGGGCGCGCUGGGCGGCGUGGGCUGGCACGCGCACAGGGACCACGCGCAGCGGCCGCAGAUGGGCGGCGUGUACGCGGGCCUGCAGUACCACGGGAGCUUCGCACCGCCGCCUCCGCCUCGAGGGCCCUUCGCGUCGCCGCCACACCCUCACACACACUAUAUCGCGAAUACGCAGCGUGCGGAGGGCGGGCGGCUGGAGAUGGUGGGCGGCGGUGAGGGCACGCUGUCGCCGCUGCAGCCCGCCGCCGACCUCCACCACGCGCCGCUACUGCUCGCUACAGAGGCGCGCGGUGCCCCCUUAGAGCUGAUGGCGCCUCACCACGCGAGACAUGCACUAUCGCACCAUCACCACCGUCGUAGCGGCGGUGGAGUGGGAGUGGGCGUGGGUGGCGGCGUGGGUGUGGGCGUCGUGGGCGGUGGGUCGCGAGCUCGCCCCUACGUGCGCCACGCGGCUCGCUGGCCGCAUCAUCCUAUACACCACAUACACACGCAGGGAGGCGGCGGUCUGGUGAGCGCGGCCCUCCCGGCGCACAUGCAGGCGCAGAUCCACGUGGCGCAGCCGCUGUCGCUGCCGCCGCCCCCGCCCACCUACCAGGUGUUCCUAAACCUGCUCGCGAUGUUCCCCCUAUCUCCGUACACGGAGGCCCGAUCAGGGGCCGAAGAGGGGACCGACGCGACCGAACCGGAGAACUACGAGGCGCUCCUGUCCUUAGCGGAGAGGCUAGGAGAGGCCAAGCCCCGCGGUCUAGCCAGACACGAGAUUGACGCCCUGCCCUCGUACAAGUUCGCGCCGGCGACCCAUCGCGGCGAGCAGAGCAGCUGUGUCGUCUGCAUGUGCGAGUUCGAGUCCCGGCAGACGCUGAGGGUGCUGCCGUGCGCGCAUGAGUUCCAUGCGAAGUGUGUUGAUAAGUGGUUGCGGUCGAAUCGAACCUGCCCUAUCUGCCGCGGCAACGCAUCUGAAUACUUCAACAACACCGAGUGACUCCACACAGACACAACACACCGACGACCUUGUCUCAUACUCUUCAUCACUAGAAACAUUACUCUAUGGUUUUAAAUAUAUCUACAAACAUUGUCUAUGGAUCAAGUCAGAUUUACAACACUGAAAGAAACUGUCGUGAGAAUAAUUCAUUAUUAAAUACUACAACGGUUUACUCACGCAUAUGUAUCGGGAUCCCCCGACUAGUUUCGGACCCAACCGGAGUCCUUAAUCAUGAGCUGACGCGGCGGGCGAGCGAGUCGAACUGGUGUGCUUACGUCUUAUCGAACUUUCUAACGAUGUAUUCCUUCACAAUUUCUACUAUUCAAUAUGUUCAUGAAUUCGUAAAAAAAACAUCGGAUUUGAAACAGUAAUCAAUAUUGUUGCUGUUUUAAAACGACUCCCGCAGUAAAGAAUUUAACCCUUAUAUCGCGGGAGGUUUCACAAACAUUCAAGUCACAUAC